UUCUGUGGCUCCUUUUCCAUCUUACUCAACUGCUCCGUUAUUCAUGGGCAUGUUGCCUGUCAUUUUCCACCAAGACAAUUCAUCAUGAGUUCCGUCAAACUGGCCAGUCGACGUGAGCGUGUCGUCAGCCGAAGAGAAGUCGAGGCUCUGAUUGCCGAGGGCCGAUCGAUUAUUGUCGUGAAUGGCAAGGUGCUCAAGGUCGAUGCAUGGCUCAAGUAUCACCCUGGCGGUGAGAAGGCCAUUAUGCACAUGGUUGGCAGAGAUGCCACAGACGAGGUCACAGCUUUGCACUCUGUCGAAGCUCUCGAGCGCAUGCACGCCUACCAGAUUGGUGUAACCGAAGGACGCUGGUCUAACUUCCUACCCCCAAUCCAAGGAGGUCAAUUCCGAUUGAGACAUGUCCUCGAAGCUGAGGACCAUGCCUCCGACCAGGAACAUGAUUCGUCCAGCCAGGCAAGCUCAGGGGAGCCGUCGCCCUUGUUCGAGCCCGUCGACACUCAACUUCGCCAGCGUAAAUCUAACAUGUCACGAUCUUCCUCUUCCACAUCCAUGUCUUCGCUGGACGUCGACAACGAGAAGCCACACAACAUUCACGAUCCUGAGAGCGACUGGACGAAAGCUCAGAUCAAGAAUGACCUGGAGAAAUACCCCGAGCUCAAUCCCGAGACUCAAGCCGACAUUAUGCAAAAGUAUCGCCUGCUGGAUCAGCGCAUGAGAAGCGAAGGCCUCUACAACUGCAACUACAAAUCAUACGCCAUCGAGGUAGCACGGUACUCUUUCUUGUUCGCCAUGUUCUUGACUGCCCUGCACCACGGCUGGUAUUGCAGCUCGGCUGUUUUCCUUGGUGUUUUCUGGCACCAGCUGGUCUUCACCGCUCAUGACGCUGGACACAUGGGCAUCACACACAACUUCCACGUCGACAGUGUCAUUGGUAUGGUCAUUGCGAAUCACCUUGGAGGUCUGAGUCUAGGCUGGUGGAAACGCAGUCACAACGUCCACCACAUCAUCACAAACUCGCCAGAGCACGACCCAGAUAUCGAGCAUAUGCCCUUCUUCGCCAUCUCGCACCGCUUCUUCAAGUCGCUCCGAUCAACUUACUACGACCGCGUCAUGACGUACGACCCCUUUGCCAAAUUCGUCAUUCAAUAUCAACACUUCCUCUACUACCCCGUCCUCUGCUUCGGCCGCUUCAACCUCUACCGCUUGAGUUGGGAAUACCUCAUCCUCGGUCUCGGCCCCCGCAAAGGUCCCGCAUGGUGGCACCGCUGGUUCGAAAUCUCCGGUCAACUCUUCUUCUGGUACUGGUUUGGCUAUCAAGUGCUGUAUAAAAGUAUCCCCGAUGGCUGGAGCCGCUUCGCCUUUAUCAUGAUCAGUCAUGCCGUCACCAUGCCUUUGCAUGUUCAAAUCACCCUCAGCCAUUUCGCCAUGAGCACGGCUGAUCUAGGCGUCAAUGAAUCCUUCCCACAACGUAUGCUGAGAACAACCAUGGAUGUCGAUUGCCCCCGAUGGCUGGAUUUCUUCCACGGUGGCUUGCAGUUCCAAGCUAUCCAUCAUUUGUACCCUCGUAUGCCUCGUCACAAUUUGCGCAGAGCUCAGAAGUUGGUGCAGGAGUUCUGUGAUGAGGUGGGUAUUCCUUAUGCGAUUUAUGGGUUCUAUGAUGGUAAUAAAGAGGUUAUUGGACGCUUGGGAGAUGUUGCGAGGCAAGCUAAGAUUUUGGCCGCUUGUCAGAGGAGUAUUGCUGAGAGUGGGGAGAUGCAUUGA